CCCUCCCUCCCUCUCCCUGUGUGAUGCUGCAGCCCCUGUAGUCUCUCCAGUCUCCAGUAAACAGCAGUCAUGGCGACAGUGGUCCAACCGCUCUCUCUGGAUCGAGAUGUUGCCAGGGCCAUCGAGCUGCUGGAGAAGCUGCAGGAGUCGGGUGGCGUGCCCGGUCACAAGCUGCAGUCUCUGAAGAAGGUCCUGCAGAGCGAGUUCUGCACGGCCAUCCGAGAGGUGUACCAGUACAUGCACGAAACCAUCACCGUGAACGGCUGCCCGGAGUACCAGGCGAGGGCCACGGCGAAGGCAACGGUCGCGGCCUUCGCGGCCAGCGAAGGUCACUCCCACCCGAGAGUGGUGGAGCUGCCCAAGACGGAGGAAGGGCUGGGCUUCAACGUGAUGGGCGGCAAGGAGCAGAACUCCCCCAUCUACAUCUCCCGCAUCAUCCCCGGCGGCGUGGCCGAGAGGCACGGCGGCCUGAAGCGAGGGGACCAGCUCCUGUCCGUCAACGGUGUGAGUGUGGAGGGCGAGCACCACGAGAAAGCGGUGGAGCUGCUGAAGGCGGCCAAGGACAGCGUGAAGCUGGUGGUGCGCUACACCCCCAAAGUGCUGGAGGAGAUGGAGGCCCGCUUCGAGAAGCUGCGUACGGCCCGGCGGCGCCAGCAGCAGCAGAUCCUCAUGCAGCAGCAGCAGCUGCAGAACGUGGCCUCUCAGCAGAACCACAUGUCGUAGGUUGUUCCAGAAGAAGAAGAAGUGAAGGAAAAAGUGGAUCCCUGAAGACCAUCCGUUCGCGCCGAGGAUCCCGAAAGCGGAAAACUCUUCCCGCCGAGGAGGAAACCAACGAGUAGAAGACCCUUUGACUUACUCUCUCUCUCUUCCAGUGCACCACCUAUCACUGAGCAAAGAGGCCCGUCCACCCGAGACCGCUGGGGGGGGGGAAGCUCCGAAAGUCGUCCACUUUAACUUCGCAUUCCCCUUUCUGUUCUCCUCCCGGUUGUGAGUCGCCGUUUCCUGUGUGUGUCGUGUUUCGUUUUUUUUCGCCCGUCACACCGCGGCACCUUUUGUACAGUGGGUGUUCCUGUCGAUUCCCCAACCGGCGCUCGUGUUUCUUUUUAUCUUUUUGUGUCAAACUGGUUCUGUUUUGGACAAACGUGACUCUCUUUUCUACCUUCUAUAUUGUAGCAGGAACGAUUUUGUAUCUUGUAGGUUUAGCAAUAAAAACGCAAUCUCCUGCUUUCACACCUCGCCGCUAAAUUCCCGAUGUUCUUGUGUGCACGUGUACAGUCUGUGCACCGGUGACGCUUUGCAGAGCAAACUGGGCCUUAAAUAGCGUAAGGCAGCUCUGUAGUUUGUGCCAUGUGAAGAGUUUAUUCGUUCAACGCGUGGCACUGAUUAUCGAUGUGCAACAACUACUCCCCACUGAGACGUAUCUGGAGAAUAUGUCUCACCGCGAGGUUGUCUUUGGAGGUUCAAAUCAACCCUCGGAUGCGUCGUCCUGUUUCCGACAGACAAACAGAAUGUUUUCAGUCGCGGGUGGGAUUUAAAUCAAAAUAUGAGAUCAGAGAUUUAACAAAAAAGGCUUUAUUGUUCCUUCUGAGUGUUACGUUUUCUUUCUGAGACGUGCAGAUGAUUAUUUAAAAUCUAUUCCUUGUGUGACAGCUGAAUACGAGCACGUAGUUCCACCCUGGUUUCUGUUUGGGACAAUCGUUGUACCUGAGGGAGGGUGUUUCUGUGGUGCUAAGAGCUUCUUCUUCGGGUUUAUUCCUUUGUUUCGCACUAAGCUUCCGAUACCGACUCUUAGGUUUUUCCUGUUUUCCUUUUGCCUCCUUCGUUUACCUGUUCUGUCUCCCUGCGGUCGGUGAAAAGCUGUAGACAUUCACUCACUCCUCUAGAAGAACAUCUCGCCAGGCGGAUCCCUUUUUGUAUCUCCACGUCACAGGUACUCUUUCUUAAUUGACUUACAUUUUUGAAGCUGAUGGUCAUGUACUUACCGUAAAGAUUAAAAGAAGAAAAACACAACUAAACUGUUGAUAUGCAAUUGUUAUACAUACUAUAUUUGUAUAAAUAAAUCUACGUGCUUGUGUACAGUGA